GCCAGCUUAUCAUCAUUUAUAGGUGGCCUAAGAGGGCUCACUCAAUACAAUAACAAUUUAUUUUUCUUCAAUUUGUUCAAGUCUAAAAGAAGUGACUUAGUUUGAUAAUGAGGGCAUCUCCUUUGAGCUCGUUGUUUCUUGUUUUUCUCGCCAUUUUUAUAUCUAAAAGCUUUGGAGCAUUAGAAACAGAGAUUGCUGCUAACACACCACCAAGAGGAUGGAACUCUUAUGAUUCCUUCAGUUGGAUUAUCUCCGAAAAACAGUUCAUUCGAAACGCAAACCUCGUUGCUCGUCGCCUAAAGCAACAUGGAUAUGAGUAUGUGGUGGUCGAUUUCUUGUGGUAUCGUAAAAAAGUGAAGGGAGCAAACACCAACUCAUUUGGAUUUGAUGUUAUCGACGAGUGGGGAAGAAUGGUGCCCGACCCUCAAAGGUGGCCUUCAUCUAACGGUGGAAAAGGGUUCGGUAAAGUAGCUCAAAAAGUUCAUAGUAUGGGCUUAAAAUUCGGUAUUCAUGUCAUGAGAGGUAUCAGUACACAGGCAUUCUAUGCAAACACACCCAUCCUCGACAUAACCACGGGCAAAGCUUAUGAAGAAAACGGGCGAAAAUGGUAUGCUAAAGACAUAGGACUAAAGGAGAGGACUUGUGCAUGGAUGAAUAACGGUUUCAUGAGCGUAAACACGAAAUUGGGAGCUGGACGAGCGUUCUUGAGAUCACUCUAUCAUCAAUAUGUCGAAUGGGGAGUUGAUUUCGUUAAGCACGACUGUGUAUUUGGUAGGGACAUGGAUCUUGACGAAAUAACCUAUGUUUCAAAGGUCUUAGAGGGUUUUAACCGAACAAUCUUAUAUUCGAUAUCUCCUGGAGAAAAAGCAAACCCGGCCAUGGCAAGGCAAGUAAGUGAGCUCGUCAACAUGUACAGAAUCACCGGAGAUGACUGGGACUCGUGGCCAGCUCUGAUAAGUCAUUUUAGCAUCACUCGGGAUUUUGCUGCGGCUAAUAUGAUCGGAGGAAAAGGACUGCGUGGAAAGUCUUGGCCUGACUCAGAUAUGCUUCCGUUAGGAUGGCUUGGUAAAGAAGGUGCAAAUACUGGCCCUUACAGAAAAUCAAAUCUUACUUUAGGUGAACAGAGGAUUCAGUUCCGACACAUUUCGAGUCCGCAACUUAAUAACCAAACCGAAGCGAAACUGACGGUGCCCCUUACACUCGAUCUUACCGAUUGCGAAAAUAUUGCUGCCAUAAAUGGAUGGUUUGUGGCGAAGACUAACAGUGGUUUUGAACAAGUCUGCUGGAACAAAACUUCAAGUCACGGGAAAAACGAGCCGUUUUGUCUUUACAAAACAAAACCGCGCCUUUUGAUAGAAGACGAUGUGAUCUAUAAACGAGACUAUAAUGGGAAAGUCCAUUUAUUGAAGACACAAACGAAGGAGGUUUGUCUCGGAGGUUCUCCAAAUCAGAAAGGCACUUCCAAAGAAGCACAAAUCGGUUCAUUUUCACCUUGUGGAUUGGAUUCUAACCAGAUGUGGGAGCUCACGCAUGACGGUACCUUGAAGAAUAGCUACUCUGGUUUAUGUGCAACUAUGAGGGCAGCACAAGCUUACGAAGGUCCCCAUUUGAUUCGUGCUUGGGUUGCCACCGGAAGAAGAGGAGAAAUCUAUGUAGCGAUUUUCAAUUCGAACCACCAUGAAUCCGAGGUGUCGAUGAGGAUAAAGGACUUGGGUAUGGUGCUUUCUGAUAGAGAUUUUGAGGGUGCUUCAUGCAAAUGCAGAGAAGAAUGGAGUGGAAAGGAUUUUGGAGUAGUAAAAGACACACUUUCUAUAAAAUUGGAUAUGCAUGAUGUUGCUCUUUUUGUGCUUGACUGCACAUUUAACUGAGUUUCAUGGUUGUCUUGGGAUAAAAGAUGAUCAAUGUAUAUAAUUUACUGUAUCUCAAUUUUGAAACGUGUGGGAAGACAAGUUAUUAAAGAAGAACAUGGAGAAAAGAAAUGUAAUGAAAUG